AUGCAGCACACGUGGGGCUGACUGGCUGAGUCCUCAGUUCUCUCCAGCAAGUUACAGUAGUUACAGCCAAGCGGUUAUGCUGCUUCUCUCCUUCUCUGCAGUUCGCGUAAGGUGAAAAAACUCCAGCAGAGACCCUUUCCCGGCAAACAAGAGAAACCCAGGAAAGCAAGAUCAUUAACAGUUGGAUUACUGAUGAAGGUGCUAAGCAGUUGCCAUGCACCCAAAAGUUUAAAUGCAAAAGAGAUGGAGGCUUUAAUUGCACACUCAUCAGAGGAGGAUUUCAAAAAACGUCAUCUCUUCAUGACAUGUGAUAAUGAAGAUGAGCCAUGUCAUCUGAUUGAUCGUCACAGGAAAAGAAAGAAUGUAAUAUCUUUGCCAUUUAUGUUCAGACGGUCUACCCAUGAAUCAGAAAGUCAGGGACAUCUAGAAUCUGAGUUGAAACCACCUCUGUUUGACUUCCCUCUGUCACUUGUUUGCGAUGCUGAAGAUACGCUGCCCAAAUCUAUACAGGACAUCCUUACAAUACUCUUCCAGAAAGGACCACUCACUGAAGGGAUAUUUCGAAAAGCUGCCAAUGAGAAGGCACGCAAGGAGCUGAAAGAGGAAUUAAAUGCCGGAGACAACAUCGCCUUAGGAAAAAAAUCUGUUUAUCUGCUAGCGGUGGUUUUUAAGGAUUUCCUCCGAAGCAUUCCCCACAAAUUGUUGCUGACUGAGCUUUACGAUGAGUGGAUGACAGCAUUAGAAAAAAUGAAUCAUCAAGAGAAAAUUGAAGCCGUGAAAGAGGUUGCAAGCAAAUUGCCACAGCUAAAUCUUCAUUUGCUCAAACACUUGCUUUCUCUUCUUCACCAUAUCAACAAAAACUCAAAAGUCAAUAAAAUGGAUUCCAGCAACCUCGCCAUCUGUUUUGGACCAACCAUGUUGAGUCCAAAUUGUGACAAAAGCCUGCCACUUGAAAUCCAGAAAGAAUUGGCUGAAAAGGUGAAGUCACUGGUGGAAUUCCUCAUUAAUAAUUGUUCGGAUAUAUUUGGAGAAGAAAUCUACUCACUGCUCUGUAGGAAUACUGAUAAUUCCCUGGAUAUGACAGAAAUGUCAGCACCAAACCAGCAUCGUGAUUCUGCUUACAACAGCACAGACCUUGAAGGGGAAUGCAGUCUCAGUGACCUUCAACUCAAGGGCUCAUCCCACACUAGCAGGCCAAGCAGUACAGAACUGUACCCCAAACAGCCACGAACCCAGAUCCCUUCUGCCUUGUCCCUGGCCCGUUUUAAAACAACAAUGAAGAAACUUGAGAGGAGGUCCUCAGAACCAGAGUUGCAGUCUUCCAAGAAUUGCCAAAAAGGGUGUGUGAAAUUUCCAAAACUUUCCAAAAGUGAAGAGAAUUUUAUUCUGCAGAAGGAAUUGGGACUGAAGGGUAGAGAGCUGAGAACGGGAACCCAGACAGUUGAAGAAUCCCAUCCUUCAGGUCUCUACAGGAACAAAAAGCCAUCAAAUCUCAGAAUCAAAGCCAACUUGCCCUCAGAAUUAUCAAGUGAUUCCUUACUCAGUGCAUCUUCUUCCAGUUCACUAGACAGUGCCUCCUCUGUCUCGGACUCUUCUGUCUUCACUAGCUCACCACUCUCGUCACCUGCCAUCUUCAAGAACAAUGUCUUAAUUCGGCCACGGUCCUUCUCUACCAAAAUUUCAAAUGGAAGUGACAGUGCUGUCUCAGAGCUCAAGAAGCACUCCAUGUCAUUUUCUGUGGCAACCCGCAAGAAGACGCUGGCCAAAAUGGAAAGUCAAGGCAGAGGAGGCUUUCAAAAGGGAAGUUUCAAAAAGGGGCUCAGAAAAGAAAGACCACUUUCCUGUCAAAUUGCUCAAGCAACUCAUGAGACUGUUCCCAGUCCAGAACCCUCAGGCUGUCAACUAAGAUCCCGUUUUAUGUCAGCAAUUGAAGUGUUUAGACUUGUAGAUCAAAAUAAACCCAGAAGGCCUCCUUCCUAUGAAGAGGCAACCAAACACUUUUCUCCUGAUAGAUUUUCCUCACACAACAGUUUAAGAGCUCAUCCUCUGAGGCUGACCAAGGUUCCUCAGGAUUCUGCAUCUCAAUGUCUGAGGCUCAAGAAAGAGAUCACAAACAAAGCAAAUGAGAACCUUUUUAAUGAUAAACCCUCUUUGAUCAAUGACUCCCAGGACAAAACACCAGUUGUGGAUUUUGUUAUUGGAAUACAUUCACGGGCAAAUUUACCUCUGACUCCUCAAGUGUACCGUCUCAGGACCAUGUCUGGGUCAUAUCAAAAGAACAAGCAAGAAUAUAUGACACUACAGAACAAUCAGAUAACUUUUGAGCACUUACAACGUGCAAAAGAAUCCUAUGUUUAACUUAAUUUUCUCAUUUCAUUACAAAUGUAUAUAUUUUGUACUGGGCAUGGAAGCAAGACUUUUGCCAAACAUUAUAGCCCAAGCAGAUAUAAAUCCAACUUUCCAUAAAAUUGUAUUUUUGUUUAAUAUCCUGUGUAAUGUGUUUUGCUCUUUGGCCCAUUUUGUACAAAAUAAUUAUGUCCUAAUCUGGGCUUGGCUAUUCCCAUGAAUGUAAAAGCAGAUUUUAAAACCAAUGGAUACAUCCUUUUAGCUUUAUUCACUUUGUUCCCCCACAUUAGUGAUUUCUUCUUUUUCUAUUAAAAGUCUAGACAGAGAUCCAAUAUAAACAGAAAUAGAGAAGCAAAAGAUAAGGGGAAAUGCUGCAGAGAUCUUGAGCCAAUCUCUAUCAUAUGACCAAGCAAAAGUAUAGUUUUCAACAGAAUUGGCUCUGCUGUUUUGUCUGGUUUUGCGUUUCUCAAGUGAUUCAGUUUCUUCCACCACCACUUCCUAUUUGUAAAGGAUUUUCAGCUGAACUAAACCUCAAUGUUGUGAAAUGGUUCUUGCAGUAGAAACAGCGAGACUUUCUGUUUCAUGAUACUAUCCCUGAAAAUUCUAAUAAUGUAAGUUUCCUUCUGGAACAUAUCACACUGGGACCAGGGUGAGCAUGAGAGAAAUAGUCUGAAUGUAUAAGAAAGCCUUUCUAAAUUAUUUUAGUCUUCCCCAACUUCAUACGUUUUAGAAGUGUUGAAAUGGCAAAUCUCAGCUGUGUAAUCUGGGAAUUCAGAAGGAUGCCCUAACUCAUCUGGAAAAUGCCAAAUUGAAGAAACCCUGACUGAAUAUUCAUGUAGAUCAACAUUGUGUAGCUUGAUGUUCCCCCUUAAUUCCAGGAGUCAGAUCAAAGGUGUUGAAUAUAAACAUUAUUAUAUCAAACAACUAUAAAUAUUACUCAUUGUAUAAUGCCGUAAUGUGAUUUAUUCGUUUGGCUUCAAUAUAGUUUGUGGACUUUGCCACUAACCAGGGAUUAUGGCUUAGUAGAAUGUCCAAAUCCAGCCACUAUGACUUAUUCAAGAAAAAGUGAUUAAAAUAAAUGCUUAGUAUGCUA